GCUGCUGCUGUCGCUGUCGCUGCUGCUGUCGCUGUCGCUGUCGCUGUCGCUGUCGCUGCUGCUGUCGCUGUCGCUGUCGCUGCUGCUGUCGCUUUCGUCGCCGCCAGAUGUGUGUGUGCGCAUCCACUUGGAAAACACGUUGUGGUUCUCCCUGAGCUUGCUCGCCAAAUAAGCAAUAGCGGCGUGUGUCGAGCGAGUCAGCCUAGCAGACCGAAGUGAGUCAGUGUUGAUGAGCUCUUCCAAAAUGGCCAAGUCGCCAGCCGGCGUGUGGUUCGAGCCAGAACCAUGCCACUCCAUAGCCCGGUGGAUAGCCUCGGCAACCGUGGCCGCCCUCUGUUUGUAGCCCACAGUCAACGGGACUGCCAGUUCAACGACGCCAGGAUGUGGUCCGCUAAGAUGCCUCUUCAACUCGCGCAUUGCCGGCUCCAUGCGCUCAAAUAUAUUUUGUCUUUCCAACGUGCUGACCUUGGCAUCGAUGCAAGUGUUGCCAGAGCGAGAGACGGAUGCUGCACCGGCCUGCUCGUUGCUAGCCAGACUGUCCUCGUUUGCUGUGCUGCCCAUAUCAGACGGCGUAGUGGGCGCAGGCUGGGUCUUAAUUUCGCGCGAAGCAGUAUUCUCCGUAAAAAUAUGGUUGACGUUGUUUUGCGGUGGUGCAGUGUUGACAGCAUUAUCCGCGCUUCUCUUCGCUCUCUUGCCGGAGGAUGCCUGCUCGGAAGCCGCGUCCGCCUUUCUUUUUGUGUUUGUUGGCUGGGAAGGGUUCAUGUGUUGCUUCGGCCGCUUUGUAGAAGCUGGCUGAGCACAGUCGUUUUGACAAACCCUCUUUCCCAAGACAACAGCGGACAUGGCGAAGGUGGUAAUAAUGAUAAGAAGGAAAUGGGUGUGUGAGUGAAUGUAGGAAUAUGGAAGCGAGACGCGAAGUGAAAGUGAAUGAAUUUAAUAAUGACAAAUGAAAGCGUGAAUUUGGGUUAAAGUGAAUUGGUGAAAAGUGAAGAGAAAAUUGUGCGAAAACAAGAGGAAAG